AUGGAGAAGGAGCGCACGAGCAUCGAGGCUCUCAUCCGACGGCUUAGGCUCCACCAGGCGCCUCCCUCCCCUUACUCCGGCGAUCCCUCCACAGCGGCGACCCCCGCCGCAGCCAACCUGUUUCAGCCGCGGAGAGCCGCCGUGCUGGUCUGCCUCUUCCACGACGCUGCCGGCGAGCUGCGUGUCCUCCUCACCAAGCGCGCUUCCUCACUCUCCACCCACUCCGGGGAGGUUGCAUUGCCCGGAGGAAAGGCAGAGGAGGGUGAUGCUGAUGAUGCAGCAACGGCAUUAAGGGAGGCAAAGGAGGAGAUUGGGCUUGAUCCAACCUUGGUCACUGUCGUCUCCUCGCUUGAGCACUUCUUGUCCAAGCUCUCUUGGAAAGUUGCAUAG